CCACCGUCUUCGCUGCGCCUCCCCGCACCCCAUCAUUCCCCCGCCUGAAACUCGCUUUAUGAGAUUCUUCGUUCCUCUACGCAUCCAGCGAAGACAAUCGGAGGAAGCGCAAAAUCCUCGUGAGUCGUGAACCCGUUACUCUCUAGUCUCUGCCCCUGGUUUAUAUCCCCCGCCACGCGCCUCCCACGCGCUGGUCACCAUUGCCGGAAAAUGGCCUCCGACGGAGCAACUUCGGCGGCGACGAGCCGGAGAAAGCCGUCGUGGAGAGAGAGGGAGAACAACAGAAGGAGAGAGAGAAGAAGAAGAGCGAUAGCGGCCAAAAUAUACUCCGGACUUCGAGCUCAGGGAAACUAUAACUUGCCGAAGCACUGUGACAACAACGAAGUUCUCAAAGCUCUCUGUGCAGAAGCUGGUUGGUGCGUCGAAGAAGACGGCACUACCUAUCGCAAGGGUUGCAAGCCACCUCUGGCCAAUGGUGCAGGGAGCUCCAUGAGAAGCAUUCCCUUUUCUUCUUCACAAAAUCCAAGUCCUCUUUCUUCGUCAUUUCCCAGCCCAAUUCCUUCAUACCAAGUGAGCCCUUCCUCCUCCACUUUCCCGAGCCCAUUUCGUUUAGACGGGGAUAAGGACAAUGUUUCAAAUCUCAUUCCAUACAUUCGCAAUGCAUCCCUGUCUCUUCCUCCUCUAAGGAUAUCAAACAGUGCCCCUGUGACACCGCCUCUUUCGUCACCAACUUCUAGAAAUCCGAAACCAAUUCCUACAUGGGAGUCCAUUGCCAAAGAAUCCAUGGCCUCCUUCAAUUACCCUUUCUUUGCAGCUUCUGCCCCUGCUAGCCCCACACACCGGCAGCUUUACACCCCAGCCACUAUUCCAGAAUGUGACGAGUCAGACACUUCCACCGGUGAGUCUAGCCAGUGGAUGAAAUUCCAAGCAUUUGCCCCUUCUGCAUCUGUACUGCCAACUUCUCCAACCUUUAAUCUUGUUAAACCCAUGGUUCCGCACAAUGUGCCUGAUAACUCAAUCCAAGAGAUGAGAACGAGUUCAGAAGAGUUUGGGGUACAGGUAAAACCUUGGGUUGGUGAAAAAAUUCAUGAAGUGGCAUUGGAUGAUUUGGAGCUCACACUUGGAAGUGGGAAGGUGCGAAGUUAGGCUGCUAGCAGAAUUACCUCAUCAGGCAUAGCUGCUUAAGUGUUAGGUGCUGUGGUGAUUUGAAAUAGAAGUUUCUGGUUUGGUCAAGUUUAUUGUCUGUCAAAAAGCUCACAAGACCAGCCUAUUUAUCAAUGUCAUACAUUUAAAUUUUAUUGUCCAUCUUUAUGUUCUUGUUCUUUGUAUCAAAUAGUUUGUAUGUGAUUUUGAUUUUUACCAACAGAUUUUGUAGUGGAAGUGAACAAUUGUCUCUUUUGUCUCUACCAUAUUGACCCCUUGAUCACUAAAUGAGCCCAAAGUGGCAUGAAUUGUGAUAUUUAAUAUGGAAUUAUGUUACUAGCUUACUCUGAUGACACCAUGUGGCACUUUGGGGUGUUGUUCCCUGGUUGUGUAUAAUAUGCGAUGAGUUGUGCAGGUGAGGGGGAGCUUUUUCGGAAAGAAAUGCAAUGUUCCCCCCUUAAGGUGCCUUGGGGGUUGCUGUUAUGUGUUCCUUCUGGUUUGGCAAUUGGCUGUUUUCUUUUUGUAUUCUUGGGCGAUUCAUUUGUUCCUGGGAAUUUCAGUAAUGACUUGUUACUUUUUAACUUAUUUUAUUUUCAGUAUAAUUCGUGGUUGGGUGGGGAUGAGUCGGUUGUUUGCAUCUUUGUUGGGCCUCGUCUUUCUUCCUUUGCUACCCUUUGAUAAUUCCAAGCAGAACUUCGAGGGUCCAUAUUUUUAAUAGCCCAAUAUAGGCAUGGCCAUAGUUUACUGAAACAAAGCACAUUUGGUGAGGGUAAAGCAGAAAAUGUUCGAGUGAUCUCUGAUGGAAUCAUUGUUUGUGCAUUGGAACUUAUGAAGAAUCCUUUUUGGCUAGAUCCUUUUUUGGCUAGUACCAUAGGCAGAACAGAGGUUGUUGGAUUUCUGUAAUGAAGAACAAUAGGUGUAGAUCCUCACUAACUAGAGCAAAUUGUCAGAAUGUCUUUAAACAUUCAUGGAUGAUGCCACAUCUCGUGUCAGUUCAUUGAUUGAGGUAUUUUCCAUCCUAGAUUAUUCCAGUAUAGUUACGAUCACUUGGAUAUUGAAAUACAUCUCAUAACUUAUGAGCAGCAAUCGUUGAAGAACUCUACAAUUGUCAGCAACUUUUUCUGUCGAGUUAAGUGAUGAACUUGAAAGAACUGAGGUAAAACAAGUUCAUAAGAGGUAGGCUGUACCUAACUGAUUUUUCUUUAUUUUGAACUGCUGAUCUGUUUUGUGAGUUAAAUUUACUUAUGGCAGAUGCUAUCAGAAAAGUCUUGAAGAAACUGAGCAGUCAUUAUUUGAUCUUGAGGAAAAGCACACACAAGCAUAUGCAACAAUUAAGGAAAAUAAAUUUCUAAUAUCAGAUCUACUUAAAUCUGGUUACUUAUUCUGUAUCGACUAGGUUUCUGUUUGG